UUCUUCACUGAAGGAAAUGGAUGAAAAUGACAGUGACGAGUCCCUGAUGACAAGUGGCCAGUAUCCUAAAGAAGCAGUUCGAAAACGACAAAAUUCAGCCCGGGAUUCUGGAGGAAGUGAUUCUUCUAAAUUGUCUAAGAAAAGCUUCAAGCUGGAUUACAGACUAGAAGAAGAUGUAACUAAAUCGAAGAAGGGGAAAGACGGGAGGUUUGUUAACCCCUGGCCUACGUGGAAGAAUCCCUCCAUUUCCAGCCUUCUCCGGUGGCUUUUCACGGAGAAGAACCACAGCAGCGUUCCGAGCUGCAAGGAGGAACUCGACAAAGAACUCCCAGUGCUCAAACCGUAUUUUAUUGAUGACCCCGGAGAAGCCGGCGUGCGCGAGGCAGGCUUGAGAGUCACCUGGCUGGGGCAUGCCACGCUGCUGGUCGAGAUGGACGAGCUCAUCUUCCUCACGGAUCCCAUCUUCAGCUCUCGCGCUUCUCCCUCCCAGUACAUGGGUCCAAGGCGAUUUCGGCCUCCUCCGUGCACGAUAGCCGAGCUCCCCCCGAUCAACGCCGUCCUCAUCAGCCACAACCACUACGACCACCUGGACUACAGCUCUGUCACCGCUCUGAACGAGCGGUUCGGGAAUGAACUGAGGUGGUUUGUGCCUUUGGGUCUCCUCGACUGGAUGCAGAAAUGUGGCUGUGAGAAUGUCAUUGAGCUGGACUGGUGGGAGGAGAAUUGUGUCCCUGGCCACGAUCAGGUCACCUUUGUCUUUACACCGUCCCAGCACUGGUGUAAAAGGACCCUGAUGGAUGACAACAAGGUUCUGUGGGGCAGCUGGUCUGUCCUGGGGCCUUGGAAUCGAUUUUUUUUUGCAGGAGAUACUGGUUAUUGCUCUGCAUUUGAAGAGAUAGGAAAAAGAUUUGGACCUUUUGACCUUGCAGCUAUUCCCAUUGGAGCUUAUGAACCGAGGUGGUUUAUGAAAUACCAGCAUGUAGACCCAGAAGAAGCUGUAAGAAUUCACAUUGAUGUUCAAGCAAAGAAGUCUGUGGCCAUCCACUGGGGAACUUUUGCCUUAGCAUAUGAGCAUUACUUAGAGCCUCCAGUGAAACUGAGUGAAGCUCUGGAAAGAUACGGACUUAAGACUGAAGAUUUUUUUGUGUUGAAGCAUGGAGAAUCAAGAUACUUAAACACUGAUGAUUAAAACUUGGAAUAAAGAUGAGCACAGGAGCUUUUAAUGAAAAAGGCAUCACCUGAUAGAAAUUUGAAAACAAAUGAAAAGACUAAGACAUUCAUGAGUGUUAAGGCUGUUUCAUCUGGAAACAACUUCUGCAAGUGUGUGUUUUAUAUUUUAUGUAACAAUUUGCUUACCAAUCUGAUGACCAGCUUAUGAAAAGCAUGAAGGCAGUUCAGGGGUGGGUCAUUUAAAUAAUGACCAGGCCAAUGUGGGUAUAAAAAAUAUAUCAAUGGUGUAAGCAUUUCAGUAGAAAUUUUUUUAACCAAAGCGUGAUACUUUAGUGGCGGUAGAAUUUUCUGAGGUUAUGAAACAUUGGUAUUAAAUAUUAAAUAAAUAGGCCAGGGCUUUCUUCAAGGAGAGUCAAGGCUGUCUACCUGGAUCUUUUCAGAGGUCUAUACACACACACACACACACACACACACACACACACACACACCCCUAAUAUUCACAUUGUAGUAAGUGGUACAGCUGACUCCCACAGGCUUAUAAACAUAGCAGCUCUCACUCUAUCAAGAUUAGCUUAUAUGCCAAAUGUUAGGUGAUAUAUUUUGGUAAGCAUAAAAACAUAGGUGUUUGGGCUAAAUUACCAUUUGUAAAGACAUUACUUUUUAUUGUGAUAAAAUACAUAUAACAUGAACUUCAUUUUAACCAUUUAAAAAUGUAGCUUUUUUGGCAUUAAGUAUAUUCACAUUCUUGUGCACUCAUGACUACCAUGACUUAAAUUUUUAAAAGCGGGGAACAGUAUGUUCUACUGCACAUUCAUGAUCCCCAGAUUAGCAGCUCUCUGAUCUGGGCAGAGGAAGGGAAAGCGUAUGAUGAUGAUAACGAUAUGUGAAAUUUUCUAUUUUUAUUCUAAAACACCUUUUGGUAAGCACAAAUACAGCGAUAAUGAAGCAUUUCAGAGAAGAGAAAUACAGAUUUUACAUGUGAAUAGACUAUAUACUUUGUUUUAUUUUCUUCAUUUUCCAUUUUCUCUAUAUACAUAUUUCUGGUUUGUUAGCUCUAAUCUUAAAUAUAGUGAUAAGAUUUAUUUUAUAAAUAUUUUAUCUUACAUGAUUAAGAUGUCAUAUAUUUUUGUAUCAAAUGACCCUUAAGUAUGAUAACACCUUUGUGGAAUAGAAAUGGUUGAAAAAAUAGAUACUGGGUGUCAGCUAGUUGAGUUUUACCAGCCAUACAUGGUGGUGCAUACCUGUAAUCCUGACACUCUGGAAGGCUGAGGCAGGAGGAUCACCAGGGAAGUGAAGAAGAUCCUAUUAGAGGGCCAUUCCAUGUUUUGGAUCCACAGGCUUGGUGAAAUAAACUUCAUUCAUACAAAAUGACACAUUUUCUAAACCAAAUGCUACCUACACAUUGCUCUGUAAUUGGAUUUGCAUGCAUGACACAUUAACCGCUACAUUGGAAUUUUAAUUUUCAUUGUUUCAUUUUGAAUUUUCUUUGUUAACCUGAAAAGUCUCUGUGCUCACUGUGCCUCUUCCUCAUGUGCAACAAGAGGAUAAUUUUGACCUACCUCCAAACCGUAAAAUAGAUUUUAAAAAGCACUUUAGAGAUCUAAAGGAGAACAUGCUUUUAAGAUACCACUGCCUUGUGUGGGUAGGUACACUUUGAAAGCUGAAAAUAGGCUCCUGCUUUUGACAAUGUCUUGAUCCUGCUGCAGCGUAUUUAAGCAGCUAUUAGGACAUGAAGCACUGAAGACUAACUUCACCGCACUCAUUUUAUAAAUUGGGAAAUAAUAGCUAAAGCAAGUGAUCUGUAUCGAAAUUGAGUAUUUUUACUGAAGUUGCAAAUCAGCCAAAGGGAAGUGUUUGUGCAGUGUGUGUGUUUAUAAUGUAUGUGAGUAUGUGUGACCUGGAGCACUGAAGCACAAAAAACAUCCUCAUUAAGAGAGAAUAAAUAGGACAAAACUGAACAAGCAUCAACUUUGCAGUUGUGUACACUAAAAAGUGAGGAUUUUGGGGUCAGCUCUGGGGCCAGUGUUCUGAGGUCAUAUCCUUGUUGCUGCACAUCCAGCUGCACGUCAUCUCUUACCUCUAAAGCAAGCCAAGUAUGUCUUGCUUGAGUACUUACUCUCCAUGAACGGCCUCUGCGUUAUUUCUGUAUAUAUGUACUCUUUAACUGAGCUCCUCCAAGCACUUUAAAAUACUGUGUUCUACUUCCAUUUAAUUGGGCCUGCUUUGUUUUUCUAGGCUUCCUGACCAGCUUUAGUUUUUAUUAUCAUUCAUACUCCUACACUGAUAUUUUAUCCAUAAAAUAUCAGUAUCAUGCCUUAUCAAAACCACCCCACUGGGUGGUUUCCAAUUACGUUUUGAAGGGUUUAUGUGCAAAGUGAAGAUGUAUUUUGAAAAGACAAGUCUAUUCUCUUCCUUCAGUUCACUCUAAUGUACAUGGGAACACCUUUUAAUCUCUUUUAUCAUCAAAGUCAAGCUCAUGUUCAUCUUUCAUUAGUGAACAUCCUGAGCAACACUGGUAACACCUUUUCACCUAAUGAAAGUGAAGAUAUGUCUUGACCUACGUAAGAAAGAUGUAUUUGUGUAUUUCACUUUGAGUUUUUCCUGGACAGCAGAAAAUUAGCCUUUACGCUAACAUUUCAGAAUCAAUGCUCUAAUCUACGAAGUAUAAUUACUCAGACCAGAUAGUUUUAUUUUUAAUUUUUUACUUUUUUUGCUCUUUUUGAAACAGGGUCUCA